AUGAAUUCCCCGCUGCCUUCUCCCCGCCAGCGUCUCUCCAUCGGCACCUCCAACACGCUCGGCCAGGACAUUUCCUCCAUUAUGAGCGAGCCUUCGCGCAUGAAGCUCCACUACUCUGUGGACGUCACCGGCACUCGGCAGCACCCGCCGCCACCGCCGCCCUCGCCCGUUGAUACCACUGCGUCGCGCUGGGCUCCUCCUCCGCCACCGGCAUCUAGCGUCAAGCGUUAUCGUUACUUUGCUUUGAUCAGGAAACAGGAGACAUUUUUUCUCAGAAAAUGGGGAGCUGGUUUUACUGGUACUGGUGCUGGUGCUGGCACGGUGUUUGUAAUGGCUUCUGGUAUUUGGUAUUUGGGAUUAGCGGGUUAG